CAGCAGCACCAACAGCACCAGCAGCAGCGGAACCUCCUGCAGCAACGGCGCUACUCCUUGAGGCCUCCCCGCGAAGACAGUUGCAGCAGCACAGGCAGCUGCAGCAACAGCAGCAAGAACAGCAGCACGUAGAGCAGCAGCAGCAACAGCGGCAGCAGCAACAGCAACAGCAACAGCGGCAGCCACAGGCUGCUAUCUGGUCCCUUAGAAACCUGUCUAUCCUUCCCUCUAGAGCAGCAGCAGAACAGACAUUACAACCUGGCGGCAACAGCAGCAGUAGCAGCAGCAGCAGCACGCUGCUGCUGCAACCGCCACCCUUCAGCUAUGAGACGUCAAGCAGGACCUCCCCCGAAGACGGAGGCCCUCGUGUGCAGCAGCAGCAGCAGCAGCAGCAGCAGGAGAGAUGCCUGUCAGCAGCGGGCUGGCAGCCGGCGGGUGCACCACCAGUUCCUGCUGUCCAACUCAUUCAGCUGCACCAACAGCAGCAGCAGCAGCAGCAGCUCCAGCAGCAGCAGCAACUCCAGCUGCAGCAGCUGCAGCGGCUGCAGCUUGUGUCUCGUUCACGAGGCUCUGGAGGUUCUCUGAGUGGCGGUGCAACAACGACAGCAGCAGCAAUGGCAGCAGCAGCAGCAGCGGCAGCUGCAGCAGCAGCUGCUGCUGCUCCUCGCAGCGCUGCUGCUUCUGCGGCUGCUGGUGCUGCUCCUACUGCAGCCCCUGCUGCAUCUCCUGCUGCAGCUCCUGCUGCAGCUCCUGCUGUAACUCCUGCUGCAGUUCCUGCUGCUGCUGCUGCUGCUGCUGCUGCUGCUCCCUUCCCUGAGGAGCCUCUUGAGCUGCGUAAAUCUGUAGACGUUGAAAGCGCAAUUCGAUUUAUUCAGAGGUGGAUUGGGGUGGUGCAUGCAGCAGCAGCAGCAGAUGCUUCGGAGGGUCCUCCUCCCCCAGCAGCAGCAGCAGCAGCAGCAGCAGCGAGUGCUGAACAGCAAAGCGAACUCCUGCAGCACCCGCAGCAACGGCAGCAGCAGCGGCAGCAGGAGCAGCAGCAGCAGCAGCGGGCUUUGGCUUGUGUUGCUGCGGGCCUGCUGGGAGAGGAGACAGCGCAGCAAGCAGCAAAAGACACGCAGCAGCAAAUGAGGGCCCAGCAGCAAGAACUUAGAGACACUCGCCUUCAAAUGUUUCUAGAGCAGCAGCGGCAGCUCUGUGCCUCCCCCGAUCCUGCUGCAGCAGCAGCAGCAGCAGCAGCGGCUGCUGCUGCUGCUACAGCCCCACCAGCUGGAGUACCAACAACGACCGCACAAGCACCAACUGCUGCAGCACAUGCAAGACAAGCAGCAGCAGCAGCAGCAGCAGCAGCAGCAGCGGCAAGGAGCAGAGUAGCCGUCUUCCCCAGGGAAGUUGCACAAAUUCGUUGGGAUACAAACCAGCCUGCUGCAGCUGCUGCUGCUGCUGCUGCUGUUGCUAAUGUACCUGCUACUUCUAACACGUCUGCCGCUGCUGCUGCUCUUGCUGCAAGUGGCAGGCAGCAACAUCCCUUUGAGGCUUUGCAGAAGCAGCAGCAGCAACAGCAGCCGCAGCAGCCGCAGCAGCUACAGCAGCUACAGCAACAACAGCAGCAGCAACAGCUGCAGCAGGAAGGGGAAAGGCCAGGGAUGGGUAAGCGGAGGAAACGAGCUCGGCGGAAAUCACAGCAGCAGCAGCAAGCGCUGCAGCAGCAACAGCAAGCGCUGCAGCAGCAGCACCAGCAAGCGCUGCAGCAGCAGCAGAUGCAGCAGGAGCAACAGCCAGGAGGCUCUGCAGCCGCCGAGGGUCCUUCCGUUGCAGCUAUUCAACUGCAUGCACAGCUGCGCCCCCGUUGGACGGACCAGCAGCAGCAGCAGCAGCAGCAGCAGCAAGGCUGUGAGGAUCCACUGCUGCUUGCCUUUGCCGGCCGCGUCUCCCAGGGCCCCCCGUAUGCACAGUGGGGUUAUCGAGAUUGCGUGUGGGGCCCCACAGGCCCCGAAGGUCAUACUAGACACCACAGUGCUGCUGCUGCUGCUGCUGCUGCUGCUGCUGCUGCCCCAGAGACGGCGCAGCCACAGUACCGGUGGCAGCAGACGCAAGGAAGGCAACAGCAACAGCGGCAGCAGCAGCAAUUGCAGCAACUGCAGGAUCUGCAGCAGCAGCAGGAAUCGAUACAGCGCAGCUCGUGGCUGCUGUCCCUGCAGCAGCAAAGGGGAAGUGCAGCAGCAGCUGAUGCCUCCUAUCCAUUUGCUGAUGCUGCAGCAGCAUUUGCUGUAGCACCGAACACAAGUCCGCCUGCGCCCCCCAACAGAAGCAGCAGAAGAAACAGCGCUGCAAAGCAGCAACAGCAGCAGCAGCAGCAACAGCAGCUUCUGCUGCAGCAACAGCUGCUUGAGCAGCAGCUUGAUAUGCAACAGCAGCAACUAGGCCUUGCAGCGGAAAGAUUUAGGCAGCCAUACGGAUCCAUACAGGAUGCUUCAGGGUUCUACAAUGAGCAGCAGCAGCAGCAGCAGCAACAACAGCAGCAGCAGCAGGUGUAUCUGUCGCAGCAGCAGCAACAGCAGCAGCAGCAGCGGCAGCAGCAGAUCCAUGAAGACGAGCUGCAAUACUACACCCACUCCACCAGGCUCUUUCAGCGGGAUGAUCAGUGCUCGCUGAUGCACAUGGAAGUGCAGCAGCAGCAGCAGCAGCAGCAGCGCCGGCGGUUGCAGCAAUACGAAGCUGCGGCUGAGCCGUGGUGCAGCUACUCUUACUUUGAAGACCCAGACGCUUACAGCAGCGAAGAUGGAGGGGCCUCUUUCUAUCCGCAGCAGCAGCAGCAGCAACAGCAGCAGCAACACCUGCUGCUGCUGCAGCAAGGGUUCCAGCAGCGCAGAUGGCACGACAGCAGCAGCUUUUGGGGUAGCAGCAACAGCAGCCGGCGACGGCGGAGCAACUGCAGCAGCAAGAGUUUAAAGAGCAGAAGCAGCAGCAACAGCAGCAGCAGCAGCAAAGAACAUACAGAACAAAACAAGCUCGAUGAUGUAUGGUGUCGUUGGGUGUACAGGCAGUGGAAUGCCUGGGUUGCUGCUGCUCCGCUGCUGCGCAGCAUCAGCUGCUGCAGCGUCUCCUUUCUUAAUGACCGCUUCCUGCUGCUGGAUGUCCCCUUCCCUGUUGCUGCUCGUGGGGCUUUGCUGCGGUGUAUAGACACCUCGGGUAAGCGCAGCACCCACAGCAGCAGCAAGAACAGCAGCAGCAGCAGCAACAGCAACAGCAACAGCAGCGCCGGCAGCAAACACAAAGAAGAAGCAACACAAAAACACACAAAAGGUUCGCACCCUCUAGCGGACGGCAUGCAGAACCAGCAGCAUUCGCAGCAGCAGCAGCAACAGCCGCAGCAGCAACAGCAGCAACAGCAGCAACAGCAGCAGCAGCGGAGGGAGGGGGGCGCAUCAUGGGCCCUGCAGUUACCCUAUUGGAACCAAGUGCCUACUCAGCAACAGCAGCAGCAGCAGCAACAACAACAACAUCAUCAGCAACAGCAGCAGCUGCUGCUGCUGCAGCAGCAGCAGCACCAGGAUUUCCUCAGCAUGGGGCAGUUUACCGGAGUGUCGUCCUUAAGCGUAUUUGGCGCCAGCCACGCCUUGCAGCAGCAGCAGCAGCAGCAGCAGCAGCAGCAUGAAGAGCAGGAACUGCUGCUGCUGCAGCAGCGGCAGCAGCAUCAGCAGCAGCAGCAGCAGCAGCAGUAUGAGUAUAUGGUGGGAGAAGAGGAGGAGGGGGAGCUUCCUGUUGUGCUGCCAGAAGCAAGCCUCUGUCUGAGGUGUAUAGACAUGGAGACAGGAUAUCUUGUUACAUAUCCCUGCAGCAGCGUGUCUGCAUAUCCUGCGUGCAGUGCUGCUGCUUCUGCUGCUGCCUUUCAAGCCAUAUUAGAGUCUGCAAGAGCAGCAGCAGCAAAAAGAGCAGCAGAAGCAGCACGCCGUUGGAUGCAGGCUGUCGUCAGCAGACCCCCAACCCCCCUUCUGUCUCCUAAAGCCUCCAUUCACGCUUCCCUCAGCAGCAGCAGCAGCAGCAGCAGCAGCAGCAGCGGGGUAGAAGGGGCUGCAGCAGAACGGAGGAAGAGCAGCAGCAGCUCCUCCUCUUCUCGCGGACAAAGAGGCCCCCUCUACAGAGAAGUGCAGCAAUACACCAGCAGACGCCAGCAGCAGCAGCAGCAGCAGCAGCGGGGCCAGGAGGUGGCUAUUGUAGAUUUGCUGCUACAUGCAUGGGGGGCCCCCCCUGUCUUGAGGCCCCACAAUCCCCUGCUGCUGCUGCUGCUCUCUCCCUAUCGACUGCGCUUCAGAUGCAAGCUGAAGCAAACCAACAACGCUGCAGGAGCAGCAGCAGCAGCAGCAGGAGCAGAAGUAGCAGCAGAUGCAGCAGCAGCACCACCACCAGCAGCUGUGACAGAGGCAGCAGCAGCAACAGCAACAACGGGAUCAAGCUCACCGACAGCCGGCGAUGCUGCAGCUGUAGCAGCCGCAGCAGCAGCAACAGCGCCUCUACCCGCAGGUUCCGCUGCAGCCGUUGAAGCAGCGGGAGGUGCAGCAGCAGCAGAGGCUGGUGCAGCAGCAGCAGCAGCACCAGGAAGCAGAGCAGCCUUGCGGUUGCUUGCAGCGUCUCUGCAGUCACAUUUGCAGUCGUUGCCCACCGUCGUAGGCGCCAGCAGCAGCAGCAGUAGCAGCAGCAGCAGCAGCAGCAGCAGCAUCCGGGUCCGCUGUGGCUUGCUGCUGCGCCCCCGCUGUGCUGCUUCGCAGCGGAGACAGUGGCGGUUGCUGCUGCUGCUGCGGCAGCAGCGUGCGACAAGGCUGAGGCUGCAGCAGCACGCCGAGGAGCAGGAGCAGCAGGAGCAGCAGAUGCAGCUGCUGCUGCAGCAGCAGAACCAGCUGCUGCAGCACGUCGAAGAGGGAGUAUCCCUUUAUAGGGAAGGCGCCCGGCUGGCGCAAGCCGCCUGCAGCGCAGCAAAACAACAGGUUUAUGUUUCAGAAGCAAAUGCAGCAGCAGAAGCAGCAGCAGCAACUAGUGCUGGUGAUGCAGCAAAUGCACAAGCAGCACAUGCAGCAGCAGAAGCAGCACCAACCGCGGGAGCGCCGCUGCUUGCAGCAACGCCAGCCGCAUACUUCCCCCAAGAUGCAGUAGCAGCGGGGGACUGCAGCAGCAGCAGCAGCAGCAACAUCAGCAGCAGCAGCAGCAGUUUGAACGCGAAUGGCAGUAGUGCGUUAGAAGCAGCAGCAGGAGCAACAGGAGCAGCAGCAGCAGCAGCAGCAUCUUCUUCUUUAGCAGCAGCAGAUGUUCCGUGGCUUCAAAUGUUCUGCAGCAAAGCAGCAGACUACUGGGCGCGGAUGCCUGUGUUCUACGAGGACCUCCCCCAGCAGCAGCAGCAGCAGCAGCAGCAUCAGCAGCAGCAGAAGCAGGAUCAGCCACAGCAGCACCAGCACCAGCCACAGCAGCAAGAUCAGCAGGAGCAGCAGAAUCAACAGAAGCGGGAUCAACAAGGUCAGCAGGGCCAGCAGCGGCAGCAGCAGCAGCAGCAGCAGCAGCAGCAGCAGCAGCAGCAGCAGCAGCCAAGGAUAACGGAAUGGCAGCAGCUAUAUGCUCCAGUAGGAGCAGAAAUGCUGUGGGUCCCCCUACCUGGGCAGCCUCAAUGUGCUGCAUGCGGCGGCAGCCUUAAGGGUCUAGCACUUUGCUGCGACGGGCAGAUAGCAAAGCUGCUUCCUGCUGCAGUUGUGCAGCAGCAGCAGCAGCAGCUUGCUGCAGCACACGCUAGAAACCCCCACCUGCAGCAGCUCCUCCGCAAAGGGAAACCUCUUCUGCAGUUUCAAAAGGCGCAAGACAAACACCAGAAAUACUUGCAUCAGCAGCAAAUGUUGCUGCUGCCGCCGCAGCAGCAGCAGCAGCAGCAACUGAGACACAGACGCACUCACCGCCACCGCAGCAACACAGAAAUAUCAAACGCAGCUGCCUUGAUAGAAGCUUCAGAUGCUCCUCCUCCCCCUCUUCCUAGCAUUACUGCAGCACAACGUGCAGCAGUCCCUGCAGCAGCAGCAGCAGCAGCAGAAGCAGCAGCAACAGCAGCAGCAACAGCAGACGGAAGCAUAUACCGCAUUUGCUGCUGCCCGACAGGCCUCUAUGCAGAGGCAGCAGCAUUCUGGGCUCCUCCUGCUUCACGUCUUAGUGCUCCUCCUUCAGCAGGAGCAGCAGCAGCAGCUGCUGCUGCUGCUGCUGCUGCUGCUGAAACCUACCCCGGGGCUGCGUCUCCUACUGCCUGGCAGGACAGCAUUUAUAAAGCAGCAACAGCAGCAACAGAUGCAAUUGAAGCAGCAGCACGCGAGAAUUCUGGCGAGGUGUGCAGCAGCCUUUCAACGCCCUUUUCUGCAGCAGCAGCAGCAGCUACUGCUGCUGCUGGCAGCAGCAGCCGUCGGCGCAGCAGCAGCAGCAGCAGCAACAGCUGCUGCUGCUGCAACUGGGGUGUCGGUACGGAGCCUCAGAGCAGCGCAGCAGAUUCAAAUGCAAUAGCACUUCUUGCUUUAGGGAGUGCAGCAGCAGCAGCAGCUUUAUUAGACAGAGGGACAGCCUGUCUCCUAAACCAUUUAGUUGUUUCUCUUGCGCCUUCUGCUUUAGGGUCUGCUGCUGUGCUGCCGCUGCUGCAGCUGCUAACUCGGCUGCGAGCUUUGUGGAUUGCUGAUCUUACGAGAAGCAGCGAGCAGCACCUGGGCUUCACACCUUCUCCUGCUUCUUCUUCCUUCACCUCCCCCCCCUGGCAGCAGCAGCUGCAGCUGCAGCAGCUGCAGCAGCAGCAGCAGCAGCAGCAGCAACUGCUGCUGCAGCAGCAGCAGCAGUGGGGGGGAAACAGAGCCUCGAGAGAUAACCUUAGGCAUCUACGCUGUCUGCUGCAGCCGCUGAUCUCAAGGCGAGCUCGGCAGCUAAUGGCUGCUAUAUUUCAAGCAGCACAAUGCGGUGUUGUUAAAGAAACUUGA